ACCCGAAUCGGUCCCCUCACACAGACCCACUCGCGGCUGUGGCUGGCGAGGACGCGUCCAACAAACAACCCCAGCAGUCUCUGCUCUCGUCAUUCGCACAUUGGGAGGAAGGGAGUGAGUGCUGGCUGAGCCAGAGAGGGGGGGGCGUGUGAGGAAGAGGAGAACGGGGGCAGUAAGGACGUACUAGAAGGCGAAGAGCUGGGGAGACAUCCUGUCCCCGUGGAUUCGGUGUCCGAGGAGAGCAGGAGCAGGACAGAUCACAAACCUUUGAUGUGACUUUUCUGCACCUCAGUUUUAAACUACACAUCUGUGACUUUCUUUUCUCACUGUAAAGUUUCACCAAGGCAACGAAAGCCGGACUGAACUCAAACCGUCCGACUGAGCGAGUUGGGUAUUUCCAGAACCUGAGAAGGCCAACGUACCCCUCCUCUCUCUGUAGGAGCUGCAGCAACAACAACUGGGUGUCAAAGUAAAUGAGACAGUGGGACAUCAAACUGCCGUGUCACAGCUCCUCUCUGUGCAUGUAAACAUCCGAGAAAUGCUCAGAAGCUAUAAGAAGUAAAUCAGUAUUUCGCUGAUCUCAACUCUGCGGUGAAUUUGAAUACUGUAACAGAGAAUUGGUAAAAAAGAGUAGUAUGUGAUUGACUCUUAAGAAGAGGACAAAGGCCGGAGGAGGAACACCAACCGUCCUCCGACUCCUUAAUGACAAAGAGGAGCUAACAGCCCGAUCACAGCGGCUCAGAUGGAGCAGAAGGAGGAGGUGGAGCUGGGCGGAGCGGCCACGUCUCUGCGGGCUGAGCUGAGCUGCCUGCAGGCCGGCGGGGGGGCGCAGGGCGACGCCACGAUGGCCACGCUGCAGAAACAGCUGAUCUGUCCCAUCUGUCUGGAGCUCUUCAGCAAACCGGUGGUCAUCCUGCCCUGUCAGCACAACCUGUGCAGGAAGUGUGCCAAUGACCUGUACCAGCCCUCCUUGUUCCAGGCUCGCACCACCGUGCAGGUGAGCAGCGGCCGCUUCCGCUGUCCGUCCUGCCGACAGGAAGUCGUGCUGGAUCGCCACGGUGUCUACAGCCUGCAGAGGAACCUGCUGGUCGAGAACAUCAUCGACGUCUACAAACAGGAAGUCAGCAACAACAGCAACGCCGCAGGCCCACUCCCUCCUCCUCCACCUUCUGCUCAUGUGACCUGUUCAGACCAUGAGGGCGAGAGGGUGAACAUUUACUGUCUCACCUGUCAGGUUCCUACGUGUUCUCUUUGUAAGGUUUUCGGAGCUCAUCAGUCCUGUCAGGUGGCUCCUCUGACAGAUAUCUAUCAGCAAAAGAAGGGAAAGACACCUGUCCGUUCUUUGAUUGUCAAAGAUGAGCUGAGUGGAGAAGUCAGGUCUUUGGUGGCAGUGAACGACAAAGUCCAGGCGUUGAUCAAUGAGCUGGAGGAGACCUGCAAAAAAAUAGAGGAGAACAGUAAGACUCAGAAACAACUCGUGUGUGAGAAGUUCAGUUGUGUGUUAUCGAUCCUGCAGGAGAGACAAAAGGCGAUGACGCAGCGAAUCAGCUCUGAGCAGGAAGAGAAGACAGGCCGUGCCCAGGCGUUGGCACGUUGCCAUAGAGACACUGUGGGAGUCAACUCCAAACUGGUGGAGAGAGCCGUGAGCAGCAUGGAGGAGCGGGACAUGGCUGCAUUUGUUCAGAAUUCCAGAGAGCUGAUCACAAAAGUGAUCUCCGCGACCAGCUUCUCUCCAGCUGAGACACUGAAACCAGGUUGUGAGAGUUUGAGCCCUUACAGAUUUAACUUCAGCAAACAAGAGAGGGCUCUGAAGAGCAUCGACUUCCUCAAAGCAGUUGAGCAAGAUGUUCCUGAAGUUGAAAAGGAGCCUGAAGUUCCCAAAGAUCUCUCAGUCCACAUUGUAGAACCAAAACUCCACCAGGAAACCUCACCUCAGAACCCACAAUCGGUUGUAGAACCAGUUAUAGAGAUCAAACCCACAUUAAUACCCCCACCAGUGAAACCAGCAGCACCAACAUCAGCCCCAGUCCAACCAGCUCCAGGUCUGGUGAGAGACUCUGUGGAGCCUGCCAGGGCCGUUCUGCAGCCGAGGACAGAGGAGCCAGACUCAAAUGAUGGAGAACCCGCUCUGAUGGAGAACAAAACAGAGGAGGAGGAGGAGGAGGAGGAGGAGGAGGACGAGGGAUGUGCAGCUCCUGGUGCGGUUAAGGAGGGCGCCGACUGUGAAGAGCUGGAGGAGAUGAGCACACAACUGGUUGUUAUUCUGCUCUUCUACCUGUUGGCCUUCCUGGUCCUCCUGCAGAAGGUUUGGGCUUACAUCGGCUGCUUCGUCUGCACAUAACACCAGCGGGAGACCCAACCAUCCUCACUGCUGCACAGCUCAGGUAAACCUCUCCAUAUGUCCACUGCUACUUCACUGCUUCUGAAGGGUAAACUGCCCGGACAAAAGGAAGUGGAGGACAAAGAGAAGCUGCGGAGAAGAUGUUUUACUGAGAAAGAAAGUUGCACUGCAGUCAGGUUCAAUGAAAGAUGUUUAAUGUCAUACCUGCACUCCAAAGUUACGCUAUUUUUUUCAGCGAUAUGUGUUAUGUUCUAACUAUGCAUACAGUUUGGAGAUAACAGGAAUAGAUCUGUGCUGAAGCUGUGUUAUUCCAGAGAAAACGUCUGACUUUGUUGUGCUUUUAUUGUGAAAACUUACUGAGAGGAAAUAGCUUUUUGCCAUUCACACCAAAGGUCUUCACAACUGUCAAGAUCAUUGUUUCAAGUUGCAUCAGCAGUCACAGUACAGCAGAGAAGAGGUAGUAUUUGAUAAAGGAGGAGUAGUCAUUAUUGUAAUAGCUUUUGAUGUGGUACAACUAGUUAGUGGUGAAAUGUAAGUAAGUACAUUAACUUUUUUUAUGUACUUCAUUUUAUUUUAUUCCACUUUAUUCAUCUGACUGUUUUGGUUACGAGUUAAUGUCAUGUAAAAACAUUUUGAGUUGUGUAUUACUAUACUACUCAGAGUAUACAAAAUAUCUAAACGUGUCACCCUGUGAACUGAAAAAUGAAAUGCUCUCACUUUUAUUCAUACGUGAAUAGAAACAUACAAUAUCUAUUGUAAUAUUACACCAUACUUUUGCUUUUCAUACUUGAAAUAUAUUUUUCUAAUAAUACUUGUUUUAUGUAGGUAACAUUUGGAAUGCAUUCAUUUUACUUGAAAUGGAAUUGAAUUUUUACUUUAUGGUAUUAUUCAAUGCAAGGAUUUGAGCUAUUUUUCCACCUCUGUCACUUGAAGUAAUGGAGAACAUAUUACUUUUUUUUUCAAUGAAGAAGUAUUAUUAGCUCAGACAGUAGAGGGGGAAAUAUGACUUUUAGUAGCUGUAGCCAAAACUAGUCCUAUUAGAAUGUUUACUCAUUAGCAUGUACCAUAGAUACAGGAUAUGAACAACAAUGUCGCAAUACUUUUUAAUCUAUUCAAAUAAUUUGGACAACACUUUUAGUUCAUAAAUAUUGACAAUCUCAGAAAAUGUCUCAUAUAGGUAUGUGGUAAAUAUUGUUUCUCUUUUCAAUCAGAGGAUAUUAAAGGUGUUAACACAAUUUUACAGGUGAUAUCAGAUAAGUGGUAGUAGUAGGUGUUCCUAAUGGGUAAGUUCUUAACCAGUUUAAGCCACUUUAAAACUGAUGAUUUUUGGAUGUAACAUUUUGUGAGGUUUGAUAUCAAAAACAUUUUGGAUUUUUUAUGCAGCAUUGUAUGUGGAUUUGUGAGUCUGACUAAGCACUUUCUUUUUUAGUGUUUGGUCAAAAUAAACUAGUGUCCAAGGACAGAGUGGUUCAGAUGAGAUAUUGGAUGUGUUUCAUGUUUAUACAUACAUUGAUGAAAUAAGUCACUUUUUCGCACCUUAAGUGUGUUCUGUAUAAAUAUACACAAUAAAUGAUUAAUACACA